AUGGGCUCGGAACUUGAGGGGUGCACUGCAACAGGUCUGGAAAUAUGCAAUUGUCACAGUGGUCCAACAUCUACAAAAUGCCCGAAUUGCGGACUCGAAUUUGCAUCAAAUCUUGCUGUUGUAGAUCAUCUCAAUGAUCAGACGCAUUCUUGUUGGAACAGAGAGUCCACUUACCGCUUGCCAAUCCCUCCAGCUUUCCAAUGGGGAGACAACAACCGAGAAGAAGUCACUGGCCAGUACCAUCCAAAGUCAGGCUACAUUUUUGGACGGGGACGAAAUAUCUUGCAGGAAAUGGAGGAUCACGACUUAGAUCAAAAGCGCCGCAGAGCAAUAAAUCCAUCAUACCCUUUUGUUGAUCAGGCUGAAUGGCAGCUAGCAGAGUUCCUCGUUCAACGGCUGACACAAACCGAUAUUAACAAAUUUCUGAAACUAGACUGGUUCAAAAAUAGACCCAGGCCAUCCUUCAAGAGCGCAGAUCAACUAUUUGGCUGGAUUGAUGCGCUACCAAGCGGCCCAGAGUGGCAAUCAACGACACUCGAGUUUACCAACUACACAACUGCAAGGCCAAUCGAGCUAAUCUGGCGUGACGGUCUCGAAGUCGUCAAAGAUCUCUUUGCAAACCCGAUCUUUUCCAAUCAUAUGAUGUAUGAUCCUCACAUUGUUACCACUGGCUCAGAACGCGAAUAUGGCGAGUUUUUUACAGCUAACAUGGCUUUCGAUAUUCAGAACAACCUUCCAGAAGGUGCCACUAUGGUACCAAUCAUCCUCGCAUCUGACAAGACGCCCGUAACCAGGAUGUCGGGAGGAUUAGAAAUGCACCCGGUGUUCCUUACGAUUGCCAAUAUUCAAUCUGAAGUUCGUAUGAAGGCCACCGCUCAUGCAUGGCGCUGUGUUGCAUUUAUCCCGAUUCCGAAGUUUGAUGUUCACGCGGAUUUCCAAACACUCCUCCAUGCUCGCCUGUUCCACAAGUGCAUGGACAUGAUAUUUGCCAAAUGCAAGGUGGCUGCGAGGGUCGGUGAAUACAUGUCGGACUCCAUGGGUUAUAUCCGGCAUUGCUUCACUCCGCUCGUCGCAUAUACAGCUGAUCUCCCUGAGGCACAGCUCAUCGCUUGUCUCAUCUACGACCUAUGCAAACGUGUUGAUCCAUGGAAUGUACCACUCUUCCAACGCGAAGCUAAAGCAUUGCUGCUUAGCGGCGUUCAUCAGCCAUAUUGGAGAGAUUGGCCGCAUGCAGAUCCAAGUCAUUUUUUGCCCGGCGAACUGCUUCACACCUGUCACAAAUAUUUUGGUGACCAUCCUUUAAAGUGGUGCAAGGAAAUGACGUGCCGGGAGCAUCGUGACAUUGAACGGACCAUUGUCGCCACAGUCGCUGGUGCAGCAAACACAACCCCUGAUUUCGUCCAUGCCAUUCGUUUCCUCACCGAAUUCAUUUACCAGGCACAGAGCCCCGUGCACACUGACUCGUCCAUUGAUGCUAUGGUGCACUCCCUCCACAUGUUUCAUACGCUGAAGCAAGCGAUACUCGAUGCCGGUGCUCGGAGAGGGAAGAGUGGAACGAUCGAUAACUUCCUCAUCCCCAAAAUGGAGUUGUUUCACAGCUUUGCGGGGUCCAUCAGAGAUCUCGGAGGUUUGAUACAGUACUCAGCGGAUGUUACCAGGAAUUUUACCUUACAGGUCGUCCAAAUUCUCAAUCGUGACGAAACCAUGCGACGCUUCAAUCUUUAUACCCUUUUGCAUUCGCAUGGUACACCGCUCGUGAAUGCCAUUGCAAUCGAAGACAAUAUCGUCACGGAGACAGAUCCUACUUUGGCCUGGAUAGCGCGUGUGCUUCCCGGCGAGCAGAAUCGCUUCCAUGGCCCGCGACCUGUCCGCAACCAUUUUUUGAAGGGAAUACUUUCUGUUGAAGCUAAUGCCGCAUUUCAUGUCACCAUCUCUCCCGAUCGAAAGUCACUUUCUAUCACUGAUCUGCAAUCUAUCUACUCUCUCCCAAAUUUCGGCGCAGUGCUCAUGGAAUAUAUCAAUGACUCGUCCCAAAACACCCCAACAACAGCCUGGACGUGUGCGCGAGAUUCAGUCAGGACAUGGAACAAGUUUCGUUUACAGCUACACUCUACCUUCCAGUCGCGAGUUGUGAUGCCGAGUCAAAUCGUCCAAGCGUUUCCACCAUCAGAGACCUUCCCUAUGGGCAAUUGCGAUGCAGUUCUCGUGCAAUUGCCUGGCAAUGAUGAUACAUACAUUGCGCAAGUGCGUUGUGUUUUUCAAGCUAUUGCCAGGAAAGGUCAAACCCUGCCCCACUAUCUUAAAGACUCGCCCCUUCUAUACGUUCAGUACUUUCAGAUCACAGCAACACCUACUGAGGAUGCAAGCGCUGGCAUGUACCGAGUGAAACGCAUCUACCAUCAGGAUGGAACAGGUCGGAUCUUCCGACCUGGCAGCAUCAUUCCGCUGACAGCCGUUACCUGUGCUGUUGAGCUGAUCCCUAUGUAUGGUUCGAAGAUGGAUCGCAUGAUAAAUGCUACGAACGCAAUGGAGAUCUGUGAUGAAUACUACUUGAAUACAUUUUCGGACAAGGAAGUUUUCAAUACAAUGCACAGUGGUUUGAUGUAG